CGUUAGCAUCAAAUUGUGGCAAAGCAAAGUAAACACAUUUGGCGCGGGCUAUUGUUGCAUUUAUUCCACUAAAAUAUACAAAUAAUAAGAAAUGCGAACUGUCACAGGACCCGAUCACACAAUAGACUUGAAUGAGUCAAUCCAGUGCUAUGAAAUCUGCGCGAAUGACUUUGCCUACAAUCUCGUCGCCGUGGCGCUGGAAAAACGCAUUUGUUUGCUUGUGGUUGGACUGCCGGAGGAGAACGGCGAGUUCUUGUGGCAUCAUCUGCAGGACUUGGAGCUAGGUGAAAGCGACUCGCGCUGCGUGAAUGCCAUUGCCUUCUCUCCGGACACUUCUCUGAACAGCACACCCAACAAUGUGACGUUUUGCGCUGCCCUUGGCACGGACCUGAUGAUAUUUCGCACGGACGUCAAUCAGUACAACACGGUGGACACCUUGCGGGGCCACACCGACUACGUGAAUGACAUAUCCUGGGUGUGCGAAGGCGAGUUUCUGGCCUCGGUCAGCGAUGACUUUACGUGCCGGUUCUGGAGCACCGCUGCAGUGUCGGAGAACGUCAUCACCUUCUGCCUAUCCUCGGCGGGAGUGUCGAUAAAAAGCCAUCCAGAUGACAAUGAAAAGGUCCUGGUGGCCGAGAAGAGAGGCAUUAUCCAUCUCUAUAAUGUAAGGCAGAAGAAAACUGUUUUGUCUGUGGAGUCCCCCAAGUUUCCCCUGAUGUCCGCUGAUUGGGCCCAGAGCAAUCGCUUGUUUGUCUCUGCUCUGGCGGGUGGCGAUGUCAUCACGUGGGACCUCAAUCGUCCAUUUGUGCCCGCCGACGUCAAGCAGAUCCAUGAGGAUGGUGGUCGGGUGGUACGCUUUGCGCCCGGUAGCUCAGACAUGGUCAUGGCCAGCAUCGGCCGCCCAGGUUUGACGCUCAAAGUUUUUUCUGCAAAAUCUGCAGUGCUGCUGUUCGAAACGGGUUUAAAGACGUACGCAGGAUUGGCCUGGCACCAGAGGCUGCCCUACAUAAGUGCGGCAUCGGACAGGAAAUUGCUCUUCUGGAAAGUACAAAUGAAGUAACCAAUAAAGUAAAAUAAAACUGCAUUUAAAAUU